GUGAAACGUUCGGGGAUAGCAAUGGCCACAAACAAUGAGUAAACGCGCUGGGAGUUAUGAACUCUAAGCGAAAUUCAAUGGUUGUCCGGUAAUGAUAGUAUUGGGUAGGAUUUGGUCAUUAAAUAACAAUUGACUCGAGGAAACAUUGCAUGAUGUGCAUACAGAGUCAAUGAAGGAAAAAUAUAACGGAUCCAAACUCCGUCAACUGGACAAACUGAUUGUCAAGGCGAAACGAAAAUUAAAUCCGGUAAUCGCAGAAGUAAAUCUCCCGACUGCUGAAAUGGAUAGGCAUGAACUAUCUGAAUUAGAAAAAAAGGCUCGAGAAGAGAUUCUUAAAGAUGCCGUGUCGGGUGUUCGUCGCUACGAAAAAAUUGGACCGCAGGGGUGGAAAAGGCCAAACUGUUUAAGAACGAAUAAGGAAUUUCUCGAACGAAUAUUACGUUCAACAGGACCGAAACCGAGUACAACAAAUGAAUAGUUGUUAAUUCUUGCUGUUUUUAAAAAUAGUUCUAGUAAUAAGACGAACUUCCUUUAUG